AGCCUGUAGGAGCCUCAGGUGAAGGGCAGCGCUGAAGUGUUGGUGAGUGGUCUUGGUUGUGACUGGGAUGAGAAUAGGACAACACCUAGGCUACAAACCUGAACUCAGGGCAGCUUGGACCGCUACCGAGCAGUUGGAGCUUGGGCAAGGCACUUUCCUCUGAGACCCAGUGUCCCUUGCUGUAAAUGUAGGGAUACAAACGCCUACGCUAGUUCACCUGUGCAGCGCCCGGCACGUAGUGUGCGCUACCUGCAAGGGAACGGGACCUGGGCCCGUGACCUCACAGCCAGGUCAGUGUGGGAAGAGCACCAGUUGUCCCUCCCAGGCUGCCCGAGCCCUUUAAUGAUGGAUAAGAGGGAGGAGGACGACGAUGAGGAAGCCUGGCUGCAGCUCCGGCCUGUGGAGCCCUUACCCUCCCAGUGCUGUGGCAGUGGCUGCUCGCCCUGUGUGUUCGACCUCUACAACCGAGACCUGGCAAGGUGGGAGGCAGCCCGAGCCAGCAAGGACAGAAGCCUGCUAAGAGGGAAGGAGUCACAAAGCUGCCCCUCCAAACUGAACCCAGAGAUGUUCCUGGCCUUCCACAUCAGUGCCAUGGAAAAACUCACUAAAGAUACCUACCGCAUCCAGUUUGCGUUACCUGGGAACAGCCAGCUCGGCCUCUGGCCUGGCCAGCACCUCAUCCUACGAGGGAUAGUAGAUGGCUUAGAAAUUCAGAGAGCCUACACGCCCAUCAGCCCUGCCAAUGCAGAAGGAUUCUUUGAAGUUUUAAUCAAGUGCUACCCGACUGGGCUGAUGUCCCGGUAUGUUGAGUCCUGGAGAACGGGAGUCACGGCUUUCUGGCGAGGACCUUUUGGAGGCUUCUUCUAUAAACCCAACCAGUACGGCGAGCUGCUCAUGCUGGCUGCGGGCACCGGCCUGGCCCCCAUGGUGCCCAUCCUGCACAGCAUCACGGACAAUGAGGAUGACGAGACCUUUGUCACCCUGGUUGGCUGCUUCAAGACCUUUGAGGGCAUCUACCUGAAAACCUUUCUGGAGGAGCAGGCCCGUUUCUGGAACAUCCGCACCUUCUUUGUACUCAGCCAGGAGACCUCCCCAGAACAGCUUCCCUGGAGUUACCGGGAGAAGACACGCUUUGGCCGCCUGGCCCAGGACCUGAUUGAAGAGCUGGUUGGCUCCUGUCGGAGAAAGCCAUUUGCACUGGUCUGUGGCUCAGCUGAGUUCACCAAGGACAUGGCCAGGUGCUUGCUGCACGCAGGCCUGGCCGAGGACUCCUACUUCCUCUUCUAGGCCUGGCCUCCCUUCCAAAGCCCAGGCCAGGGCCUUGCCCGUGGGACGUGGGGAAGGGCACAGACAGGAACCAGCGAAUGUGGACAGGAGACCACUGCUAACUUGCCAGGUGGCCUCGGGCAGCUGUCUUUACGUCUGUGCACUGCUUCUCAUCUACCCCACAAAGCUUCCGACUCCCUCAGGACGGCAUCCUGCUGUAUGGAGGGAGAAUGGGGCUGCAGGGGCCUUGGCGGUGGCGAGAGUAACAUCCGGAGUCAGGAGGGCUCCCGGGAAACUCCCAGUCCAGGCCACGCCCAGGAUGAGUAGGACUUGGUAGGAGAAGGAGCUGGAAGAGCUCCUCUGGCUCCCCAGGUUAGAGGGCUCCUGUGGGGCUCCUUUCAGACCGUGCCCUGUAAUGUCUAUUCCAGAGCCACCUUCUCUGGGGACAUCCCUGGGUGGGCUCAGGCCUGGCUGAAAUGAAGGGUCUGUUUAGUGUUCAGGGGACGGCCACAGGGGCGGCUGAGAGGGGGAGCUUGCCUUUGUACCUCCAGUGCCAUGAGCCUGACACAGGAAAAGUCUUGGGCCCUGUGACCUGACCACCCUCUCAGAGCUUGGCGGGGCCUCGUGUUACCUUUGUUUUAUAUUGGCCCUAGGCCUUUCCCACUGCAAACAGCUUCAAACUCAGUUGCCCUUCCCUGGCUCAAGAGUCCAGCCCAGAAUCCUUUUUCCAGCAAAGGAGGCACAGCCGCAAAGGCCCCUCCCUCUUGCAGGCAGCCAGCUCAGCCCUCCCUUCAGCUCUGGUGCCCUGGCGACGGUUGCUAUGGAGAUCUAAAGAUAGAGCAGGAGUCAGGAGACCUGGGUCCUUCUCCUUGCUCUGCCCACUGAGUGGAGGCUGAUUCUGAUCCACCCACCCCUUUGCUCCACACCCGCCCCCUCCAUCCUGUGUGGGGCAUGCCCUCCCCAGGGAAGCCAGCGCCCCUGGGCAGCGCACUGCGGUUGAUGAAUUCUGCUUUCCACAGCCUGAGCCCCAGUGCGCGAUGCCAGCUCAGGCUGGCUACAGGCAUUCCCAGAAUCAGAAUAUUAAGUCAUGGACUCAGAAUGAGAGAACCAUAGAAUCGCGGAGUUAGAAUUUUACAGCCAUAGAAUCACAGUCCUCAUUAUAUCAGCGAUUCAAAGUCGACUCCAGAGAGCAUCCAGCCUGCCAGACUCCUUGUAUCCACAGGGAAGCCAAGGCCCAGUGAGGCCAAGUGACCUGGCGAAGGUGAGCAGUUCACAGCAGGGCCAGCGCCACAAGCCGGGUCACCCAAAGGCAGCCCUGUGCUCAGAGUUCGGUGCCGGUGGUGUUCACACUGGGCUCCACAGGCAGAACAUGAGGGUUCCUGGCCCAGCAGGGGGAAGGGACGGCCAGGCGGGAUCUCCAGGCUCCCCUUUGACCAAAGCAGUCUCGUUUCUAUCCCAUUUAUGUCUUGGGGCUUGGAUUAAUUUUCAUUUGUGCAAGAAGGGUUUCCAUACACCACCCAAAAAGUUGCAACAAAUCUCUCUACUGUGCCACAUUCAGUAAAUAAUCAUGACAAGCAGUUGGGGGAUGGUGCCAAAGGUUUCAGACUGUUUCACAGGCAAAAUUCCAUGGUCAGAUACACGUGGGGAAUACCGAAUGUGACCUUCCCCAAGAAUCGCAUGUGUGUGAGUAUAUUAAAGGUUCUGAACA